GAGGGCUUGGAAUGGUGCAGGAUAAUGGAGACAAAGGUUGCUGGAAUGAAAUGGGAACCACAGCUGGCGACAUGGAUGUAGAAUUAUUGUGAUGAGAGUCUGAGGUUCUACAUGGACAUGUGGAAACUCUUCCCAAUGGCAAUACUGGCAGCCAGCAUUUUGACCACGACUCUCAGCAGCCUCCUUGAUUUCAAACUCAUGAUCCGGACAGUUACUAGGAAAAGUGCUCUCCUUUCCUACAAUGGGUAUGGAUGCCACUGUGGACUGGGUGGGAGAGGGCAGCCUCUGGAUAAGACUGACUGGUGCUGUCAUGCCCAUGAUUGCUGCUAUAACAAGUUAAACCCAAGCUGUCAUCCAUAUUUUGAUCUUUAUCAAUACUCCAUCAUCAAUGAAGACAUUAUCUGCUGGAAUAUAAAUAACUCCACAUGCGCAAAGGAAGCCUGUGAAUGCGACCGGACAGCAGCCCUGUGUUUCAGAAAGGAAGCAAGCUCCUAUAAUAAAGCAUACCGUUAUUACAUCAAUUUAUUCUGCAAUGGGUCUACCCCCAGUUGCUAAAUAAAGUUUAACUUGCCAGCUGGCUAUACAA